AUGACCAAAGUUGUCUUCAUGGGUCUCCUGCAUGCUGUUGAAAUAUGGACUUGGUCCCACAAGUUAAAGAGUGAGAGCAGUGAUAGAAGUCACCCCUCCCUCCUCAGCUUUAGAGGUUCUUGGCAUGGUUGCGUUCAAUUCUAUCUAGAUUUAUCCUCCAAUUUUCCCACUAUCCCAGAGCCCCUAGGGGCAGUCACGAGACAAGGAGCACUGUUAUGUGGGAUGAAAAGCAGCAAUAAGCGUUCAAGAGUCUUAAGAGAGUCUUCAGUAGCUAAUGCUUCGGUAUUGACUUACUUCGAUAAAGAUGCCCAUACUAGUGUUGUUAAUGAUGCAAGUCUGAGAAAAGUUUGUAAGGUAGUAUAGUAUGUUACGCAAGUCGCAGCCUUAGUAAAGUUGAAUGACGCUACAGCCAAACAGAAAAAAAAGCCUUACUGAUUGUUUGGGGAUUUAAAAGGUUCAAUUUGUAUCUGCAAGGUCUGGAGUCAUUCGAUCUGGUUACGGAUCACGAAUCCCUGAAAGUAAUUUAUUCCACCUGGUCCAAGCCAUUUGCUCGCAUAGAAAGAUAAAGUUUAAGCCUUUAAGGUUCCAACCCUAUAUAACUACCGAGCACAAUACGGUCAGGUCGAAAGAGAAUAUAUAGCAGACGCCCUCUCCAGCAUUCAAGAAAUUGAGAGAGCAUCGGCUAAAGAUGGCGAAAUUGAAGUAAUAAGGGGAUGUUUGGUAAGUGGAAACUGAGACAGCGCACCAAAACCUUCCUGUUAGAAAUGAGCUGACUUAUAUUGGACAUGUCAUCUUUGAGGUACUAGAAUUGUUAUGCCAACAGCGCUUAGAAAGAGAGUUGCUGUAAUUGCACAUGAAGGCAGGGACGUCUCUAUUGCUGCGUGUGCGGGGUGUUACACCACACUCCAAUAAUUUUGAGUAGGAAAAGUUGGUCAAACUGGAAAAAUUUUGGUCAAAAUAAUUGGUCACUUGUAAGCUGAAAGUGUGAAAGUAUAUAGUUGAUUAAAAACCAAGAUACUUAUUGACCAACAGGGAGAAAAUUAACAGCGAAUUAACAUCCCGUUUACAAUCAACAUUCUUUGUUUUUGUUUUGCGCUUUGUUUUUGUUUUGCAUACGAAAAUAUCUAGUUAAACCAGUAAACCUCACCUUGAUUAUUCUUGAUACACUAUAUCCUCGCAAGAUAAAGUGCUUAUGAUUCAAUUAUAAAUGGGCUUAUGAGUCGGAUCAAAUAUUUUUUACUGAGAUAAAAAUAUAAAUCUUCACCUGAACUUACAUUCUUUAGGUUCACAAUUAUACAAAUAACAAGUCUUUUUUUAUUUUAUCCUCAGUUUCAUUAAAUAUAACAUAAUUUUCAUACUCAUACAUUGUGCCAACAAUACGAGGCCAUCGCAUUAUCAUAUUUUACGCCACACUUUUUGAUCUAACAUUUAGGGACUAUAGUGGCAUACAUUUGUUACUAGGACACCAAUAUGGUUUUCAUUUCCUCUAUCUAAACUUUAAAAACUAAUCAUUUUACGGAAAUUUAAAUUAUCUACCACAAAAACCCUCCACAAGCACUGCAUUCAAUUUCUCCUUUGCGUAAAUGACGUUGUCAAAACUCAAAACUUGAAAGUUGGUCAAAAUGUUCCGCACAACUUGGUCAACAUUUCAGGACCCCCCCCCCCCCAAUGUUCAUGCCUUCGCGACGUCCCUGCACGAAGACUACCAAGGAAUUGUGAAAAUUAAGUAACGGUUGCGAUUUAAAGUGUGGUGGCUGUGUGUUGAUAAGGAUGAGAAGGGAAAGUUUCGUGAAUGCUAUGGAUGCCAAGUGGUCGUUAAAAGAGUACAGAGCCCCGUCUGUGAAGUCUACGAUGAUGUCUGAGUGACCGUGGCAAGAUUAAGUUCUUGAUUUACUUGGUCCAAUGCCAACAGAAGAGCUGCACUUGAUUGUUUUGGCUGAUUACUAUAGCAGGGAUCGAAGUUAACGUGGUAAGAUCGGCAAACUCUGAGAAAAUAAUCAAGUGUUUAGAUGAUCAUUUUGCAAGAUACGGAAUAUCGAAAUCGUAAUUGAGUACCGACAAUGGGUCAAAUUUUGUGUCAGCUUAAGUAGAGCAGUACCUGUUAGAGAUGGGAGUUGUGCACAAGCUUAGGGCAGCUGAGAGGGAAAGUGGACAGGAAGAGGGGAAAUUGCCUCGGGCCCCCACUUUAAUAGGGCCCCAGCUUAGGAGAGCCUAAAAUUGAGUGGGUUCUUUAAAUUGGUCAGAGCAUUUUUGAAACCGAGGGCCCCUUACAGUACCUCCACAUGCAGUCUAGAUAAGGUCUAGUUGGGUGACUGACUUAGGUCUAGCUUAAAAAUAAUGACGUCAUGGGGCCCCCAGAAAAGAUUUGGCCAGGGCCCCUUGCCCCGUAUAUGUUGUAUACGUCCAACACGCAUUGUAUAUGUUGUAUACGUCCAACACGCAUAAGAUUACAUAACUCAAAAUUAUUCGAACGAAACGGUCUUUUGUUAAAAGGAAGACUAAUUAAUAGAAAUUGGUCCUUUUGAGUGACAUAAGAGUGUGUCAUCGUCCAUCCGUGUCAUUGAACAAAGAAAAAGUUAGUCGGCGUGAAAUUGGAGAAAAUAAAAUAGCGGUUUGUGAGAAAACGCAAGGCUUACGGAGCGGGAACUUUUCGGAUUUGAACUCAGCGUGUUCAAAAGUUCUAGUUCUGGGAAAAUAUUUCAGUUCCACCACAUGCACUACGAAAGUGAACGAUAUCGGGACGCAGCAAACGGCCUACAACACUGUUGUGAUCUAAGGCAAACGGUGAAGUCGAAAGGCAAAACCGUCUUCCUUUUGAAGGCGACCGACAGCAGCACACGUUGAGAAUAAGAAUUGGAGAGACGAUAAAUAAGUAUUUGAAGGCUACAACUACUGGGAAGAGCCCUGCAGAAUUGUCAUAUGGCAGGAAUCUUGGUACGAAACUAUGGAAUACUGCAAUUUAUACGAACAAAGAGGAACAAGUCGCUGCAAACUACGUAAACAAGAAGCGCCAGUCUACAGACCCCUGUCUAACUAGGGACUGUGGACUUGGUUCUGCUGAAGAAGAAGAGAGAGAACAAGCUAUCUCCACCUUAUGA